AUGGUCCGGCCACGCGUAUUCUUUGACUUUUCUAUCGACAAUGCUCCUGUCGGGAGAGUAAUAUUUGAGCUCUUCAACGACACCGCUCCCGAAACAUGCGAAAAUUUCCGUGCGUUAUGCACCGGUGAGAAGGGCCUUUCGCCCCUCUCGGAAAAGCCGCUGUACUACAAGAAUAGCAUAAUCCAUAGGUUGAUCAAGGGAUUCAUGAUCCAAGGCGGAGGCGCGUCUUUCUUCGGCUAUGACUUCACAAAACGCAACGGCACCGGCGGAGAGUCGAUCUAUGGCGGCACUUUCGCAGACGAGGACCUAACGCGGCCACUAGAUUCUGAAGGGCUUCUUUGCAUGGCUAAUAGGGGCUCUAACACAAACGGCUCGCAAUUCUUCAUCACCUUACGCGACUGUCCGCAUUUGAACGGCAAGCACGUCGUGUUCGGCCGUGUGAUCCGUGGUUACCACGAAGUUGUCGAGAAGAUCACUGAUGUGCCCGUCGACGAGAAGGAUCGCCCGCAGGUUCCUGUGAUCAUCCACAAUUGCGGCGAGCUCGUCCUGCGUUCCAAAGUACAGUCACAGACGCCUGAAGGCAAGUGCUGUCCAUCAUGA